AGGGAGACAAGCUGGUCAGUCACAACAGAAGAAAGAUACCAACUACUUGCAUCGCAUGGCUAUACUGCACCAUUAGAAACACACAAAUGAUCAGACACCACACUAUCUGUGGACAACGAAUAGAAAAAAUAUCUACUUGAAGAAAACGAAAGGACACUGAGGAGAAGAACAACUUAAAAUCUCACUGAAUGACUAGAAUAUAUUAGUGGGAAAAAAGAAUACUGGACCUAGCUAUUUCAAAGAAAAACUCUUUUUUUUUUUUUUUUUUCCUAAAGUUUCUUAAACGACAAUGGCAUCAACGGGUCUUCAGCUGCUGGGCUUGGUGUUGGCUCUGCUGGGUUGGGUGUGCGGGGCGCUAGUGUGUGCAGCUCCUCUGUGGCGUGUAUCUGCCUUUGUAGGUGGAGAGCUAGUCAUUGCCCAGGUGUUGUGGGAGGGACUGUGGAUGAACUGUCUGUCUCAGACCACAGGCCAGAUCCAGUGCAAGACCUAUGACUCCACCCUGGCUCUGCCCACGUUUAUCCAAGCGGCCAGGGGCCUCACAGUUCUAUCUCUGCUUCUCUGUCUUCUGGCCAUCAUCCUCGGGGUGGCAGGGGCCAAGUGUACCCACUGCAUGGGUGACAAUAACCAGGACUCCAAGGCAAGACUGGCUAGGAUAGCAGGGAUGCUCUUCAUUGUUGCUGGCCUUGCCUACUUGAUACCCAUCUGUGGGACUGCCUAUGCAAUCAUUAGGGACUUCUAUGAUCCAAAUGUUGCAGCACCUUUAAAAAGAGAACUGGGGCCAGCGUUGUACCUGGGCUGGGGGGCCAGUGUGCUGCUCCUGGUUGGGGGAGCUCUGCUACAUGUUGGCUCCUCUCCACCAGGAGCAAAAGCGCUGCCUGUUUUCGGAAGACCAGCAAAAGACGAUUCACAAACAGUAGCAACAGGAGAGGUGAAGCAACAGGAAAAAUCUUUUGUAUAAAAUCGACGGAUAUUCGAAGAGAUACAGAGGUCACAGCUUCAUCUGAUACAUUUCUAGACACCGCAAAGUCAUCAUGUGCAAAAGAAUAUUCAGAACAUAAUGGGUUUCAUAUUAUGCAGAAGCUGAAUUUGUUUCUUUAAGUCAUGGUUAUUGCAUCAUACUUUUUAAAAAAUAAGUAAUUUAUUUUAUUUAAGAGCUUUUUGAAAGGUGGCUCUUGCAAUGGUUAGUACUGGUGCUUCACAGCCGGAAGGUUCUGAGAGGAGUCUGUAUGUCCUGUCCCGUGCGUGCAUGUGCUUCCUGCAAAAGUCCAAAGUCAUGCUUGUUAGAUUAACUGAAGAUUCUAAACGGACUCUCUGUGUUUGCUCUGUGAUGGACUGGAGUGGGCUGUGCACACACUUGUUGCCCUAUGACAGCUGGUAUAGGCUCCAGCCUCACUGUGACCUUAAUUUGGAUAAGCGGUUAAAAAAACUAAUGAAUGCCUUUUUGAAAAAGUAGAAACUGAAUUGAGCAGUGGGUGGAUUACAGAUGUUUACUAAUGCAUGUGACACAUUUAUCAGAUUCCACUCUGCCUCUGCUUGUGUGUGUGUGUGUGUGUGUGUGUGUGUGUGUGUGUGUGUGUGUGUGUGUGUGUGUGU